AUGACAAUGGAGAGUGGUAACGGAAGUAGCGGCUCUAGUAGUGGCCGCCAAGAGCACGGCAAGUCUGUGUGUGUGUACUGCGGGUCUUCGUUUGGAACUAAAACGCUGUACUCCGAGAGCGCUGAAGAGUUGGGCGCCCUUUUCUAUAAGCUUGGGUGGCAAUUGGUGUACGGUGGAGGUACCACCGGUUUGAUGGGCAAGAUAGCAAGGUCCACCAUGGGCCCAGAUUUGAACGGGCAAGUACACGGCAUCAUCCCGGAUGCGCUCGUGUCCAAGGAGAGAACUGGUGAGGAUGAAGAGGAAAUCAACGAGGCGCUGAUGGAGUCCGUGGAAAACCAUAAGGGCUCCACCCCCAUCUCCAAGGAGUACGGGGAGACCACAAUUGUGCCAGACAUGCAUACCAGGAAGAGGAUGAUGGCCAAUUUGAGCGACGCGUUUGUGGCCAUGCCCGGCGGUUACGGGACCUUUGAAGAGAUCAUGGAGUGCAUCACGUGGUCGCAGUUGGGCAUUCACAACAAGCCGAUCAUCUUGUUCAACAUUGACGGGUUUUAUGACCAACUGCUGCAAUUCAUCAACCACUCCAUCGAAGAGGGCUUCAUUAGUGCCAAAAACGGGGAAAUCGUGCAGGUCGCAUCGACCUCACAGGAGGUCGUUGACAAAAUUGAAAGAUAUGUCGUCCCUGAAGGCCGUUUCAAUCUGAAUUGGAACGACGAAGGUCGAAGCCACGAGCAUUGUGCCAAACAAUAG